AUGUCCGCCGGUCCAGCAAACGAAACCACGUCCCUCCUCCUCCCGCCCCGAGACCCCCGUCCCGACGACGGCACCACCACCACCACCGCCGCCCACGAAGAGACGAUGAGCAGCCAGGCCUUCUGGAGAGUCGGCGCCGUCUUCGGCGCCGCCGCCGUCGGCAUCGGCGCCUUCGGGGCCCACGGCCUCAAGGGCCGCAUCUCCGACCCCGCAAAGAUCGCCAGCUGGUCCACCGCCGCCCAGUACCAGCUCAUCCACUCCGUCGUCCUCCUGCUCGCCCGCUCCAACCCCGUCGCCUCCGGCCUCUUCACCGCCGGCAUGACCAUGUUCAGCGGCAGCAUCUACGCCCUCGUCCUCAACCCGGACCUCAAGUUCCUCGGCCCCGUCACCCCCGUCGGCGGCCUCGCCCUCAUCGCCGGCUGGCUCGCCCUGGCCUUCACCAAGGGACGCGUCGGCUUCCGCGUCUAA